GAUGGGCUGCUCUUGUAGUCUUGCUGAUCUGAGAUCUGUGUGGAGGGUUUGCGCUUUUCUUUGUCAUAUUUCUGUCCCGGUUCUGGCUCAGUUCAUCUUGCACAUCAUUCUUUGAAACAGUCAGGUCUGGCUUAGCAGAUAUUUUGUGCAUCCUCAAGAAAUGUCAAGACUUGGGCUUGCGUGAGUGUGAAGUGCAUUUAAAAAGACUGACUGAUUGCACUGUGUAGUGCUAGAACACGCUAAAGAAACCUCGUUAUUAUUUUUUAAUUGCCGAGAAGCAUUAAUACUACAUCACCCAGAAUGCACCAGUCUUUGAAUGCUGAGUGCUAAAACAUCACAAAGCUUUAGCUAGGACAUGGAGAGGAGGCAUCUCGGUGCUGCACAUACCGCGCACACUUCACACACCACGCGCCUCGCUGUGCACCUUCAGACCAAGCGCGCAAUAGCAGACAGCGAACAGAAAAGCUGCACGAUGCCGACAGUCUAAUCUCGCUCCUGAUUGGUGGACGCGGGGUGGGGGUUUGUCAGAAACAGCUGGAGCGCACAGUGGAACGGAGGCUCCGCACCGAGAGCUUGGAGACCGUGUGAAGGAGCGCAGUAGAGCACAGCUGAGCUUGGGCUCCGCCUGGACCUCCUCUCCCCAGGAGCGAGCCCCGGCAGCUGGACAAGGCAGCAUGCAGCGCCGCGUCCCUGACAGCAGCAGCUUCAACUGCCAGAGGUGUGAUGAGGAGGCGGUGUUGGACAGAGGUGGAACUCGCUCCAUGCUCAACACCAACUUUGAGAAGGAAGAGUUGGAAGGCCACCGUACCCUGUAUAUUGGUGUGCAUGUCCCUCUAGGACGAAGGUCACACAGACGACACCGUCACCAUGGACACCGCCACAGGAAGAGGUCACGGGAGAGAGACUCAGGAACCGAGGAUGGCAGAGAAUCUCCCUCUUACACGGACACACCAUCUCAGAGGGUGCAGUUCCUGCUAGGUAUGGAGGACGAGGACGAAGAACACAUCCCCCACGCACUCUUCACCGAGCUGGAUGAGAUCUGUCUCAGAGACGGAGAAGAUGCAGAGUGGAAGGAGACAGCAAGGUGGCUGAAGUUCGAGGAGGACGUAGAGGAUGGAGGAGAGAGGUGGAGUAAACCCUACGUGGCCACGCUGUCCCUGCACAGCCUGUUCGAGCUGCGCAGCUGCAUCCUCAACGGCAGCGUCAUGCUGGACAUGAGGGCUACCUCUCUGGAGGAGAUCGCAGACAUGGUUCUGGACCAGCACGGGACGUCGGUCGCCGUGGGAGACGAGGUGCGGAGGAAGAUCCGCGACGCUCUGCUCAAACAGCACCACCAUCAGAACCAGAAGAAGCUGGCCAACCGUAUCCCCAUCGUGCGCUCCUUCGCCGACAUCGGCAGGAAGCAGUCUGAGCCGCACUCCAUGGACAAGAACGGUCAGCCAGUGUCCCCUCAGUCACAGCCCUCCUGCACAGAGGCCAGAAAUGAAAGCAGUCGUGAGAACAGCACAGUGGACUUCAGCAAGAUAGAUCUCCAUUUCAUGAAGAAGAUCCCACCAGGAGCUGAAGCCUCCAACAUCCUGGUUGGGGAGCUGGAGUUCCUGGAGAAACCAGUGGUGGCGUUCGUGCGCCUCUCCCCUGCUGUGCUUCUCAACGGCCUGGCUGAGGUCCCCAUCACCACCCGGUUUCUGUUUAUACUGCUGGGUCCACUGGGGAAAGGGCCGCAGUACCACGAGAUCGGUCGCUCCAUUGCCACGCUCAUGACGGACGAGGUGUUCCACGACGUGGCAUAUAAGGCUAAGGACCGCAGCGACCUGGUCGCUGGCAUCGAUGAGUUUUUGGACCAGGUGACAGUGCUACCCCCAGGAGAGUGGGACCCUACCAUCAGAAUUGAGCCCCCCAAGAACGUGCCGUCUCAGGAGAAAAGGAAAAUUCCUCCGUUACCAAACGGAGUGACUGACCUCGGAGAGGAUGAAGAGCAUGGUCACAGUGGACCUGAGCUACAGCGCACAGGAAAGUUUUUCGGAGGCUUAAUCCUGGACGUGAAGCGUAAAGCUCCUCACUACCUGUCUGACUACACGGACGCUGUCAGCCUGCAGUGUCUGGCGUCCUUCCUCUUCCUCUACUGUGCAUGCAUGUCUCCUGUCAUCACCUUCGGAGGCCUGCUGGGAGAGGCAACAGAGGGCCGCAUAAGUGCAAUAGAGUCUCUGUUUGGUGCCUCCAUGACGGGCAUCGCGUACUCUCUGUUUGCUGGGCAGCCUCUCACGAUCCUGGGCAGCACCGGUCCUGUCCUGGUCUUUGAGAAGAUCCUCUUCAAGUUCUGCAAGGAAUACGGGCUGUCCUACCUCUCUCUGCGGGUGUGUAUCGGGCUGUGGACGGCCUUCCUCUGUAUUUUGCUGGUUGCCACGGAUGCCAGCUCACUGGUGUGCUAUAUCACGCGCUUCACGGAGGAAGCGUUUGCAUCACUCAUAUGCAUCAUCUUCAUCUACGAGGCUCUGGAGAAGCUGGUGCACCUGGGAGAAACCUACCCGUUCAACAUGCACAACGACCUCAGCAAGCUCACACACUACACCUGUGUGUGCACAGAGCCAACAGACCCAAGCAAUGCCACACUGCACUACUGGGAAGAACACAACAUCACCAGCUCUGAGAUCAACUGGUUCGGCCUGGAUGUCAAGGAUUGUGUGAAGCACAGGGGAGAGUUCCAGGGCUCCGCCUGCGGUCACCAUGGCCCCUACAUCCCUGAUGUCCUCUUCUGGUCCGUCGUUCUGUUCUUCUCCACGGUCGCUAUGUCCUCCUUUCUAAAGGAGUUCAAGACCAGCCGCUACUUCCCCACCAAGGUGAGGGCAGUCAUUAGUGACUUUGCGGUCUUCAUCACCAUCGUUACCAUGGUGGCGAUCGACUAUGCGCUGGGCGUGCCCUCACCUAAGCUCCAGGUCCCCAAUCAGUUUAAGCCCACCAGAGAUGACCGUGGCUGGAUCAUAAGUCCUCUGGGCCCCAAUCCAUGGUGGACUGUCAUCAUUGCCUUCAUCCCGGCUCUCCUCUGCACCAUCCUCAUCUUCAUGGACCAGCAGAUCACCGCCGUCAUCAUCAACAGGAAGGAACACAAGCUGAAGAAGGGCUGUGGGUACCACCUGGACCUGUUCAUGGUGAGCGUUAUGCUGGGUGUAUGCUCUGUGAUGGGUCUCCCGUGGUUCGUGGCAGCCACCGUUCUCUCCAUCAGCCACGUGAACAGCCUGAAGUUGGAGUCUGAGUGCUCCGCCCCGGGAGAGCAGCCCAAGUUCCUGGGCAUCAGGGAGCAACGCUUCACCGGCCUCAUGAUCUUUGUCCUCAUGGGCAGCUCCGUCUUCAUGACCUCCAUCCUAAAGUUCAUCCCGAUGCCUGUCCUGUACGGAGUCUUCUUGUACAUGGGUUCGUCCUCUCUCAGAGGGAUACAGUUCUUUGACCGUGUGAAGUUGUUUGGGAUGCCAGCGAAGCACCAGCCUGAUUUUAUCUACCUGAGACACGUUCCUCUGAGGAAGGUGCACCUGUUCACCAUCAUCCAGCUCAGCUGCCUGGUCCUGCUCUGGGUCAUCAAAACCUCCCGCGCGGCCAUUGUUUUCCCCAUGAUGGUGUUAGCCCUGGUGUUCAUUCGUAAACUGCUCGACUUUAUCUUCACUAAGAGAGACCUCAGCUGGCUCGAUGAUCUCAUGCCUGAGAGCAAGAAGAAGAAACUGGAGGAUGCCCAGAAGGAGAGCCAGAGUGUGAUGGUCGAGGAUGAAGGGAUUGUGCAGGUGCCACUUGAAGGGAAUUUCAGGGACGACCCUUCAACAGUCAACAUUUCAGAUGAAAUGACUAAGACCUCUUUUGGCAAUGUUUGGAAAAGCCUCAAUAAAGACAAUGGCAAAAAAGAUAAAAUCGCAAAAAGUUCUCCAGCAGAUGACUUUAGCAGAGCUGGGAACACUGAAGAAAAGAGGACCAGGGACUUCAAUAGGGAGACCAGUUUGUGACGUUACUGCAACAUUGUGUUGCUUUGCUUUUUUUAAAAAUGUUGAGGUCCCAGAAUAACAGUAUUGUGCCACUAUAUAGCACUAAUUUAUGUUUUACUGUGUGUCACUCUGUUCAGGCCUCAUCACAUGUGUUUUAUGUAUGUGAGUUCUGAGUGUUGAAAAAUACGUGUAUGUGAAGGAGACGAACGUGUGUUGUUAUCUUUUCCCUUUUGAAUGAUCCAAUUUAGCUUCACCUUUAGGAAUUUUACAUUUUUUUAGAUACUUUGUUUUAAACUAGUUGCAUUUUGUAUGUUUUGUAUAUUUUUUGACAGUAGAUUAACCUUUUCAAAAUCCAUGUCUUACAGUACAAAAGUUUAGUUCAUCUAAGAAAUUAACGUAUUUUCAUUAAAACAUCCCUUAGCACAAGGAUUACAUCUAAAUAUAGUAUACGAUAUUGGAAAACAGUAAAAAAGGUUAAUUAUAACAUUCAGAAUAAAUAUUUUCUGAGGGGAACAUCUAUAUCAUGUAUUCACAUCUUAAUAACUGUGUAGUAAAUGUCUGUCUGAACAUGGAAUUAGUACAUUAACAAUUUUUUAAGAAUGUUAACACGCUUCUUUGUAAUACCUUCGACAAUAACAGCGACCGAUAUUUUUUAAAGUAACUUUGUGGACUGUUGUAUUUUGUGAGGUGUUUGUUUUUGUUUUUUUUGUUUUUUUUUAAAGAUUUCUUAGUUUUAUGGUUCAAAAUACUAAACAUAAAACUUUACAAACCUUUUUAAUAUUCUACAUAUGGGCUGAUGACAAAUAGAUGCACUGAAUAAACUAGUUAACAUAUAUUUUGUAAAAAGCCGUCAAACCACAACAGUAUUUAGUGAUUAUAUCUGUUUUGAUCUCCAAUCACAUCAGUCCUACAGGAGAUUUCAUGUCCUGAAAAAAUUGAUUAUAUAACUGUGCAGGCCAGACUCAUACAGACGAGAGAUGCAAUAAUCCUUUUCAUAAGAGGGCAUUAUAUCAUGUAUAAACUAGAAAUAAAUGAGAAUCAUCUUAACAUGCAACGAUGUGUUUUGUUCAUGUGUAAUAUGUAGUAAAUAAAGUGUCUAUUUAAUGUAUAGAUACUAACAUAGCAGGAGAAGGAAGUGGGUGUUCAUCUUGAUGUCAGUACUACUGGAAUGUGAUACUUGCCAUGUUCUUUUCUUGCAAUAUGCUUUUGUUUUAUUUCAAUAUUGUCACUUGUAUAUGAAACCAGUCAGUUGAAGUGAAUUUAUGUUCAGUGACUAUGAAUUUAGCAUCAGUCCGUCUUCGGUUCUGACUGACAGUGGUAAUGGAUUUAUUCAUUAAAGAUGUACAUGUAUCAUUAUAACUGUGAUAUAUUUUCAACCUAUUAAAUGUGAAAUUAAACAAUGUAUAAAAACUUGUAGUUAUUUUGUUCAAAUUUAAAUAUUUGUCAUUAUAUGAAAAGGAAGAAAAUAGAUUUUGUAGAUUUCUCUAACAUGCCACUGUAUAACUACCACAUAAGACAUACUGUACACUUUAUAUAUGUAACAUAAAAUAUUUUUAAAAAGCUC